UGUUCGCUGUAGACUGGCUGGUGUUUUUCAGAGGUAAGGGGGUGUGUCUGUGUCCCAUACGGGUAUCUGCCUCGGAGAGACUGAGCAGAGGCGGGAAAUGGCGUCUGGUAACACAACGAUGUGUCGUUUCGAAGACGGCCCUUGAGUAGAUCUACAGAAAAAGUCGGCUCAGAUCACGAAAACAACCACUGCCUCUGUUGUGAUGGUCAAUCGGUCUUGAGUCGUUAUCGCCAGACACUGCGGAUCACUGUAAACCUUACAUGUGACUGCUAAAACAAUGAGGCUGAGAAUGCGUAAGGCGUCUCAGCAGCCGAACCCCAGUCUGGCAAGCCGCCCAUCCCGUACCAAGCGGAGGCAUUCAGAAGUAGAAGAGGACACUCCUACUAGUGGAGGGAGGGGCAUAUUCUCCACCAUCAAGAAGUUCAUCAGAGGAAAUGCUGUUAAGGUGCAGCAGGAGAGCCCAGCCAAGAAGACACGCAUCCACUGUGAUGUGGACAACAACCUGAUCACCUCUACAACCCCGAACACCAACACCCCCAGCCGGCCUAUCAGCAGGGUUGGCAGGAGAGGCUCCCUUAAUGGACAAGCAACCAAUCACGACAGGAGUAAGGAGAAGCCCAAUGGCAGUCUGGAGGAGACGACGGCCGUUGAGCUACCCACCAGCCCUCCCAGAACCACCCUUCUUGGGACCAUCUUCUCCCCUGUUUUCAACUUCUUCUCACCAGCCAAAAAUGCCUCCUCUGGCUCAGACUCCCCAGACCAGGCAUUAGAGGCCGAGGAGAUAGUCAAGCAGCUGGACAUAGAGCAAGCUGUGGAGACGCCCACCAGCACAGCCACUUCUACACAGGAACUGUGUACCACCACUAACUUCUACUCUAGUGUAUCUCAGCUGCCACCUAUGCGACCUCCACACAUCCCCGAGGUAUCUCCCACAGCAAGGGAUGGAGAGCUCUGUGCUGAUGCUGACCUUCCACCCCUCACAGCUCCAGGCUCCAGUCCAGAUAUGGCAUAUGUGGACGCUCCUCCCACCGCAGUACCACCAGAGGCAACCUAUGAGGAAGACUGGGAAGUCUUUGAUCCGUAUUUCUUCAUCAAGCACGUCCCUCCUCUGACAGAAGAGCAGCUCACUCGUAAGCCAGCCUUGCCACUGAAGACACGCAGCACGCCUGAAUUCUCUCUGGUCCUCGACCUGGAUGAAACGUUAGUUCACUGCAGUUUAAAUGAGCUGGAGGACGCAGCACUUACCUUCCCUGUCCUCUUUCAAGAUGUCAUUUACCAGGUGUAUGUGCGCCUGAGGCCGUUCUUCAGAGAGUUUCUGGAACGCAUGUCUCAAAUCUAUGAGAUCAUCCUUUUUACAGCCUCUAAAAAGGUAUAUGCAGACAAACUGCUCAACAUUUUGGAUCCUAAAAAGCAGCUUGUGAGACACAGGUUGUUUCGUGAGCAUUGUGUCUGUGUCCAGGGAAACUACAUCAAGGACCUCAACAUCUUGGGCAGAGAUCUGUCAAAGACCAUCAUUAUCGACAAUUCACCGCAAGCCUUUGCAUAUCAGUUGUCCAAUGGUAUUCCCAUAGAAAGCUGGUUCAUGGACAAGAAUGACAAUGAGCUGCUGAAGCUGGUGCCCUUCCUGGAGAAGUUGGUUGAGAUGAAUGAGGAUGUGCGGCCGCACGUUCGGGAGAGGUUCCGGCUUCACGACUUGUUGCCCCCUGAUUGAACUUGACCACAGACUCUCAGAACGGGACAACAUGAAAUGACUGAAAAGAACACGCGUGUAAAAAGCCCCUCUUUGGAUUACAAACUACAACAUUGCCAUUACUGUUAAAAUUUUAGCCUUUUUUUUUCUAAUUUGUUUUUGUUUUUAAAUCCACCGUUGCUUUUAAAAAAAAAAAAAAAAAAAAAAAAAAAAAAAAAAAUUUUAAAGAUCUGGGUGAAAUUUUCUAAAUGUAUAGAUAAAAUUACACACGCUAUGAACAAGCCCAGGUGAACUCCUCUUUUUGACUGACUCUCAAGCUGUGGAACCGGAUAUAUCUCCUCCACCAUAAAUUCUAACGUCUUGGUGCUGGUUUAGUGGCUAUAGAAAAGCCGCCUGGUAAAGAGGAACUCCAGCCCGGCCGAGUCCCUGAGCCCAAACCAACCCCUGGUGCUCACGCUGUUGGCGCUGACAAAUAACUAUGCUCUGUGGCUACAGACCAUUUUCAGCGGGAAUGACUGGCCUGUAAAUCAAUCUGUGCAUGUGUGUAUGUUUACUCCUAGCCACACACACACACACACACACACACGCACACGCACACACACACACACGCACACUGAUUUGGUGUUUGGCAAACCUACAAUCUGUAGCCUUUAAAAUCAUAUGCAUUCCUCCGUAGCUGAUUCAAGUUUCUAUUGUUGGUUGCAGUUUUUUUUUUUCUGGUAAAACUGGUGUUUCAUUGUUUAAAAAAAAGGAAAAAAAAAGAUAGCGUUUCAAAAUGUUUUACUUCUGUUUGUAAGAUAUAAUGUUUUAAAAGGGGUUGUGUAAGAUUUUAUUGUAAUCUUUUUUUUUUUCUAUUAGGAGAACAUGGGUGCAUAUUAAUGACAGUCCACUGCAUAGUCAAACGAAAUGGAAUUACUCCAGGACUUUAAGUAUAGUUUGUUCUUGUUCUAACAAAUAGAGGUUUAAAUCGAUGUGUUGGCUUCACUGUAGACACAUGGCUCCUUAUUUAAAUGUUAGGAUCAAAAAUCUCCUUACCUGUAAAUCUGACAUAUUGUAAAGGUUUGAGGGUUAUUCAUUUUCAAAGUGAUAUGUGUCAAUGUUAACCUUUCUUUAAUAAUAGUAUUUGAUUUGUCUAUAAUCAGUAUUGUCUUUUACUCCUAAUCAAGUAUUCUGGCUAAAAUCAGAGCUCUUUCUUUUAGUUGUAAUGUGAUGGCAGUAGCAUUAUGACUAAUGUAGCACAUCUCUGCCAGUGUGUCAUAAAGUCUACCCAUGGUAGAAACCUGACCCUGUAUCAGCCAUAUCUGGCACCAGCAACAUACUGUUUUAACAGUCAGCUUCACUGACUGCUACUCUACCCGUUUCAUAUUUUUUUACUUACAUACUUUCUUUUUUAUGUUUAGUGCAGUUUAAAAUGUGUUUAAGAAUGGUAACUCUAUGAAUGUGUUUCUGCCUGACAUCAGCCUGGACACUCAAGCCAAACUGACAUUUUACUCCUCUGUUGUUUCAACUUAAUUUAUUUAAUGGAGACAAACAGUAGGCAGAAAUGUAGAUGUUUUUGUUCGCAUCCUUACAAGCCUAAACUUGGGUGAUAAAGACCGAAAGCUCAAAUGCCUGACUGUCUUCUGUCAUUGCCCAAACCCUCACGAGUUGACUUGAAUCUCUGCCUGAAUUUGGCAUGCACUGUUGAACCUUUUUCAGUUCUUGUUCAGUUUAAAUCAAAGUGCAUUUUAUGUUAAAGCAAAUAUGAGUGUUUGGAUUUGUCUGGGUUGCCUGUACAGUGCCAUACGAUUCCCCUCCUUAGAAAUCACCCGCUCCUUCCCAUAGCAUUUCCUACACUCUCACCCCUAAAAUGCUUAGAUGGAAAGAGACAAUCAGACCUCAAAGCUUUGCAGAUACCUUGAGACGCCCAGACUUUCCCUAAUUCAUUUUUUUUUUUUUUUUUUUUUUUUUUUUUUCCUCGGUGUGCUGUAUGUAUUGCGUACUGUGAUUCCAUUGAGUUGUACCUCGGUCCCCCCCAUGAGUUAAGUUGCCAGGUGAAUCCUGCUGUGCCCUGCCCAAACAAUCCCUGCUGCUCACUUAAUGCAGGUUGUGCAUCAGAGAUGGUUUCCAUCUUUUCAGCGCCUGCCUGUCUUUGCGUCUUUUUUUUUUUUUUCCACCCAAAGUUAGUAGCUCUCCAGAAAUUAGGAUUAGUUUGUAUUCAAGUUUGUUACAGGGCACAAUGGUGUUUGCUCAGACAUAAUGUUAUGGGUACACAUGUCCAGACUAUGAAUGUAAAUUGUACAUGGGGGUGAAGUCUUAAGUGUCUUUCCCAAUUCCUUGUUUUGUUCUUUCCUCAUGAACUAAAGAAAACUGAUGAGGAAGGGAUGGUAGGUCGUGUCUACCAUUCACAUGUUAGAGAGGAGGCAAGAACAAUGUGCAUGGAAGAGGAAACAUGUCUUGAGGUCCCACCAUGGUAGCCCCCUCCCUACCCCUAUGAGCUCUCACCACCCUGACUACCAUCUCCAAGCCUAAUCUUGAGUGUGCGAUGUAGCCCAGGUGGGCUCAUCCCCUCAGUGUGAUUAUAGUUAUCAGUCAUUGCUUGUGUCUGAAGGGUCGGUGGGAGGCAUUUGAUACUUUUCAUCUAGCUCCUUUUUGUGUGCAUUACCAGUUUAUUGUACACUUGAGUGUUGUACAAUACAUGCAGCUUCAUGUUUAAAAAAAAAUCCUUAAAGUAAGGAAAAUCUUUUGUAUUUUUGAUUUCAAAAGGCAUGUCGUAUCUACUUUUUAAAUGUAUUAAUGAAGAUUUAACUUUACAUCAGAUGGAGUGUUUUUUUCUUACAAAUAUCUGUAUGUUUAGUUUAGCGCAAUGUCACUGAACUGUUAAAUUUAGCAUGUAGAGAAUACCGCUUGCUUUGUGGGAAAGUCCUGAAUUAAAUUUUAAUCAUGGCACUUUUUCUGCAGAAAAGAGCAAUCGUGUUAAUGAUUUUUUUUUUCCUCCAAUAUCCAUCAAGCCAUUUUACUUGCAAGAAUUGCUAUUUGUGCUUUAGAUGUAUUAAAACAUGUUUUAAGACAUCUUUGUUAGCCAUCAGGCUAUAUGCUAUUGUAAAGUGUACAUACAGUUACAUUGAAUUUCUGAAACAAAGUUUUUAAAGUUAAAAACCUCUUG